AUGAGGACAGUAAAACUGGGAAGAAUUGUGGCACCUGCACUGAAAGAAAAAAGGCAUACAUAUGGCAUAAUUGUCGGCAUCAUUGAUGCAACUUUUGUGCUUAUUCAAAGAAAGGAUGGAGAGAGGGAGAUGUGCUCUAUAUCCAAUCUUCACCUUGAUGAAAAAUCAUUUGACAUCAAGGGCCUUAGCGCAGAGGAGAUAGGAAAGCUCAUUCCCGAAUCCACUCAUACGGAAGACACAACCAAUGAUUUUGACAGGUUCAAGAUGAAUCUUAGGAAGAAAGUUGAGGAGUCACUUCUGAAAGAGAAAGGGCUGAUAUGA